CGGGAGGCGGCGGCGGCGGCGGCGACCCGGGCGGUUCCCACUCGCGCUGCGCCCGCCGGCGGCCCCCGCGCGGCCCAUGUCCUCCGCGCCGCUGCGCUCGCCCCCCCUGCGGCCCCCCAGGAUGAAGAAGGACGAGUCGUUCCUGGGCAAGCUCGGCGGCACGCUGGCGAGGAAGAAAAAGGCCAGGGAGGUGAGUGACCUACAGGAAGAAGGCAGACAUGCCAUCGACUCGCCGAUGUCCCCUGCCUCGGUGGACGUCCACCCCGAAGACACUGUGCUAGAGGAGAAUGAGGAACGCACAAUGAUCGACCCCACGUCCAAGGAUGACCCCAAAUUCAAGGAGCUGGUCAAGGUCCUCAUCGACUGGGUCAACGACGUGCUGGUGGAGGAGAGGAUCAUCGUGAAGCAGCUAGAGGAGGACCUUUACGACGGCCAGGUGCUGCAGAAGCUCUUGGAAAAGCUGGCCGGCUGCAAGCUGAACGUGGCGGAGGUGACGCAGUCCGAGGUAGGGCAGAGGCAGAAGCUGCAGACGGUGCUGGAAGCCGUGCACGGCCUGCUGCGGCCCCACGGCUGGGCGCUCCAGUGGACCGUCGACUCCAUUCACGGGAAGAACCUGGUGGCCAUCCUUCACCUCCUCGUCGCCCUGGCCAUGCACUUCCGGGCCCCGAUCCGCCUUCCGGAGCACGUGUCCGUGCAGGUGGUGGUGGUGCGGAAGCGGGAAGGCCUGCUGCAUUCCAGCCACAUCACGGAAGAGCUGACCACAACCACCGAGAUGAUGAUGGGUCGCUUUGAGCGGGACGCCUUCGACACCCUGUUCGACCACGCCCCGGACAAGCUCAGCGUGGUGAAGAAGUCUCUCAUCACAUUUGUGAACAAGCACUUGAACAAGCUGAAUUUGGAGGUGACGGAACUAGAGACCCAGAAGGUUCGCCCACCCCGUGUACGGCCCCGAAACCUCACCGAGUGCUUCUCUGCAGUUCGCAGAUGGGGUCUACCUGGUGCUGCUCAUGGGCCUCCUGGAGGACUACUUUGUCCCCCUGUACAACUUCCACCUGACCCCAGACAGCUUCGACCAGAAGGGUCACUGCCACUUCUCAUCGUGUGGCCCUCAGCAGAGCCGGCCCUUGGGGACGCCCGAGCCCUUGAGGGCGGGUUUUGUGCCUUCCCCCCCUGCACCUCUGAGCUGCCUCUGAUCACUGGUCCACAACGUGGCGUUUGCCUUUGAGCUGAUGCUGGACGGAGGCCUCAAGACCCCCAAGGCUCGCCCUGAAGAUGUGGUAAACCUGGAUCUCAAGUCCACACUGAGGGUCCUUUACAACCUGUUCACCAAGUAUAAGAACCUAGAGUGACCUCGGAGAGCAGCGGAAACCCCUGUGCAGGGCGGGGAGGCCCGCUGGCUUCCCCUCCGAGCCAGGGUUAUCCCCGCCCCCACCCCCACUCCACCCGGCCUUUUCGGGUCGUUGCUCUCAAACUUCCUUGUGCAACUCCUGUAACCGCAGCGGGCAGGACCCUUGCGAAUCCGGGGUCCUGCGCUCCUCCGGUGCCCUGGUCGCACCCACACCUCCCAGCCCGUGGGAGGGGCACCCUGCGAUCCUCUGGACCCAGCGAUGAACCGCCCCGGGCGAUGAGAACAGCAUCAGUAGCUCUGCCCGAGCCGAGACUCCGCUGGACCGUUCUGGGGGAAUCUCCAUGGAAGCCAGACCUUUUCCGUAAAAAGCAUUUUACGGUUUUAAAAACUGCUUUUAAAGUCCCAGAAGCUUUCGAUGGAACAGGAGGGCCUGGCCGUGUUCUGCUUCUCGACCGGUGUUCUUUCAUUCACUUUUUGCAUGAACAUCCAAGACCCAGAUGACCCGCUGCCGUGGUGUGGGAGGAAGGAUUUGCUGAGGCUAUUUCUGUAUUUCUUUUCUUCUUCUUCUCUUUUUUUUUUUUUUUUGUGACAGCCAAAGGGGUUGUGUUAGGAGCUACACCUGAAAUGUUGCUCCAUCCAUCUCAGAGGCCCUGUUUGGGAAUAGAUGCGUUUUUCAAACUUCUAGAAAGGGGAGUCUAUCAGCUUGCCAGGGGCUUCUAGAACAAGGUGCCACAGGCAGGGGGCUUAGGCAGCAGAAGUGGGUGGUCUCCCAGCUCUGGAGGCCAGAAGUCCCAACAUCACGGUGUUGGCUUAUAGAUGGCCGUCCUCCCCCCUGUGUCCUCGUGUCGUCGUCCCUAUGAGUGUCUGCGUCCUGAUCUCUUAUAAGGACACCAGUCAUAAUGGAUUAGGGCCCCCCCAUGUGACCUCAUGUUAACAUAUGGACCUCUGUAUAGACCCUGUCUCCAAAUACAGUGGCAUUUUGAGGUACUCGGGGUGAGAGCUUCAACGUACGGAUUCCAGGGGACACUGUUCAGCCCUUAAUGGGGGGAUAUGAAGUGCUCCUCCCCCUCCUCCCGAGUGUGGCUUUCUAGAACCCUGCUGGCCUCUCCCGCUGGUCGCUUGGUGCCACCCGCCCUCCUCCCCUGUCCACCUUGGCUCAGGAGAGAAAUAGGGCCGUCCUGCUGUCCGUAGGCACCGUCGAGCUGGUGUGUCCUACUAAAUCAAAUGCCAGUGCUCACGGCUCACAAAACGGCUUAAUAUUCUGGCUCAGCCCCGCUGCUUCCAGGCUGGGGCUAGUUUCAGAAUCGCCGUUUUGAUGGAGGUGGUUUCCCAACGGGGGAAAGAAAUAAUUAAAACAGCAUUACCUUGGUUCCUACGGAUGCAGUGACAUUAAAGAUCCACGUUGACAAAAUAGCCAAGGCUGGAAGGUUCCAUGCUGACUUCGUUACACGCCUAGAAUGCCAGCAUCCUGAAAGCCGUGGAGACCGGUCGUCUAGCCCCGUUCACAGGCAGGCUUGGCGAGGGUGAUCCCUGGGGGCUGAAAGGGGGUAGGAGUGGGGACACGGGAUUUGGAAAGCACACGACCUUGGGGUUUUCAGCCCCGACAGGCUCCGCACCACGAAAGGGAGGAAAUUGCCCUGGAAGGCAGGGGGGCUCCGCGUUCCCAGGCGACAAGCCCUCUUCAAGCCCUGUGUGUUUCUGGUCGGAGGGUAAGAGGGAUACUAAGAUCCGGGUCAACUAUGAACAGGCACCUUGGCCUCACAGUGCUGACUGCUGAAGGUCGUGGGUCCGGCAAAAGAUGUCAUCUCUCCAAACCGGUUUUAUUCGAGUUGGAUCAGGGGGGUGGAGGUGCCUUCCGCACACCUGUAAGGGGCCCUGGAGCUGUAUGCACCUCAUUUCCCUCCCUUCCCCGUCCAGUGAGAAUUGGAGUUGAAAGCAUGGCCUGGACAUUUGCACGGUGGUGGGGGGGAGGGGUGCAGAUGUGAGGCGGAGGGCAGGGCACCUCUGGGGACGGUCCCCCCUCCUCUGAUCAGCCCCAUUGGCCACACUGGGGCAUCUUCUUGGGGUGACUUGGGCAGCAGAAGCAACUUUCCUUAAUCCCGGAAAGUUCUGGAACCCUUCCUCAAGUGACCCACAUUUUCAGUGAAUUGUGUUUCCACGAAGGAGGCCCCUCCACAGGAACUAAGGAAAAGCCAGCUCGUUUUCGCCCGAGCGGCGAUGGCUCAGGGUCUCCGGGGGUCGGGCGGGGGUGGUGAGCUGGUCACCUUUGAUCCUUCUCCGAGUGGCUUUUGUUCGCGCCCUCCGCCGGCCACGGGGAAGCCGCCUGCAGCUUCGUUUCCCUUGUGACAACCGCGGGGUAUCCUGUAGGCCGAGCCCCGUGUGCCCCAGUGUCCUAACUGCAUGUGACAGAGAGCUGUGUUUUAAAGGAACCAGAUGCUUUUUUCAGCCCCUUCGUGUGCCAGUGUUUCACAGUCUUUUUAAUUGUUUGAAGCCACGUCUGUUUUGGGUUUCUGGAUAUUAAAGAAAAGCCGCUAAAACCCUGGCUGUGCUGUUAUGCUGCCCGCCUGGCUGGCCGCGGGAAACUGAGGCUUUUCCUGAGUGCCGCUGGCCAGCAUCCUCUAUGCAAACCUGAUCUGUCCUAAGCCGGAGACGCGUCAGGAGGGUGCCAGGAAGUGCCAACAGUGUGCUGUUAUUUAUUCCAAUAAAGAACUCUAGAGCGUG